AUGUCUAUUGAGUCAAACAACCAACUCACGGAUGGUGCUGGCAAAGAGCCUAGUGUGACAGAACCGAUUCAAUUUUCCAUUCCCUUGCCAAACGCACCAGGAUGCCGCAUUCACGCGCAUCUGACCAUCCUCGCGACAUCUAUUCUUCUGUUCUGCACGAGCACCACGGCCGAAUACUCUUCCUCCGCCAGACCCUCGCUCGGAAGCUUUGUCUAUGCUAUGCCUGACCGCUACAACUCUUCGGCACCGCUCAGCACACCUCUAUACACGCUUCCGUCAAGCCUGGACUUUGCCGAUCGGUUGGCGAAAACAUUGGCAAGAAGGACGAAGCUGCCAGUCCAGGUUGGCAGCUCGGUCAAUUUCUCAUCGGCUGGAAACGGUGGCAGCAUAGAAGAGGAGAUGGAGGCGUUCAGACAAUUGGUGGUCGUUGUGCUAAAAGAGGUCGAGAGUGCAAGAGCCGGAUGA